UCCAAAACGGCAUUUUCUCUUCCUGCUAUACAACCGGUUAGCUUUUUCGUGCGUGGCUGAGGUGUGAUAGCAGUGAUCAGCCUUGACCCACUUCAUAAUUACAAACUUAAAGGAAAAAUGGAGUAAUUAUAAAAAAUGUUCGCUGUGCCUGCGAUCUUGAGCAAGAUUUUCAAAAUUCCUAGACAGCCAUGGCCCAGAAGGACACUGAAGAUGGAAAGAAGCGAGAGACGAUGGAGAUGGAUUAUGACACAACACUGGGCAGCGUCUUUAAUAUCAUCUCCCGUGCCCCCCCUGAGCGAGUCCUCAGUCUGACUUUUAAACUUGGUCACAGUCUCGCUGAGGAGAUAGUGCACGCCAUAUGUUUGAUUUGUCUGAAGAAAGGAGAUGAGGCACUGUCCAAACUUGACACACACAGGGGCAACACUAUCGCAGACUACCUUUCGGAAAUCGUCUCCCGUUACAAAGAUAGGAUGGAAGAUGUAAAAGUCAACACUUUUCAGGUACCUCCAUCUGAAAUUGAGACGUUAUUGGACCUGGCAAGGGUUUUUACAGUGAUGGCCAAGGAGAGGUUGUGUGACAGUUCGCUCAGGGACCAAGCCUACAGGGCCCUUCUUUUGGAGAGCGUACGGAAGACUCAUAAGGAAGGAGACUUGUGGUCUGUUCACAAUGACAGAAUUUUUGAGGAAGCCAGAAAUGAAUGCGGCCACCAGGUCACUGAUGAGUUCGACCCAUCUUGCAGAGGAAGCUCAAAUAUAUCAAAACUAUCCGAGCAUCCCGGUUCGUCGGACUGGAGCGACGUUCUCGGCUCACCCUCAUCGCUCCGAUCCACCUCAACCUGCAGCUCUUACAGUCUGGAAAUUAGUUCAUCUUUCUCCGCUGCUUCUGGGGCAGACAAGGCAACGGUACCAACCACUUCAGUGUCAGAUUCAUCCAAAGGCACUGCUCCACAGCCGCUGCUGUCCACCAGCCAAACUCAACAGACAAACACUAAACCUGCACAGUGCUCUGAUCCCACUGUCCCUAGUCAGAUUGUAACCUCCAAAAACACAAAUCAGGAGAGCAAACAAAAUGAUGCAUUUUCAUUCUCCGUAGCCUCUAGCAGUAAGCCUGAAACGCCACCUUCAGUACCAGUAUCAGAAACCAAGUCACUGAAUUCCCACUUCUCACCAUUCUCACACGAACAUAUUGCCCCAGGUGAUUCAAAGACAUUUCCAACAAAAGAGGAAAAAGGGGAGGAGGAGGAAGAGAUCUUUUACUCUUUUGUGGUACUACAUGCUGCUGAGGACUCUGAUGAAGCCGAGAGAUUGAAAGAUAAAUUAGAGGGUUUGGGCAUUGGGGUUGGAGCUACCUUCUCAGGGGAUUUUGCAUUACCUGGUAAACCCACACUUAAGUGUAUUGAGGACGCCAUUGAUAAUUCAGCGUUCGCCAUCUUGCUACUCAGCAAGAACUUCAGCUCCCGUCUAGAGGAGAUCACCACUAAUUCAGCACUUAUAAACUCAAUUGAAAACUAUCACAAAUACCAUACUGUCAUUCCGUUCUUGCCCCGGGAAAACCGUAUACCUCGCGCAGACUUUCCAAAAAUCUUGCGAAUAUUAGUACCACUUGAUGAAAAAAACAGGUCCUUUGAAAAGAUGGCGAUAAGAGCCAUGUCAUCUGACAAGAUUAAAGAACAGAAACGCAUAUGGACAAAUGAACAGCACGUCAAGAAGCUUAAGGAACAGCGAAGGAGGCAGCAGGAGGACAUGAACCGUAAAGCCGAGCUUGAAAGACAGAUGAGGCUUCUUCGGAUGCAGGAUCCAAAUUUACAUCAUCCAUAUCCUUUCCCAAAUGGUCCACCAGGAGGGACAGGACAGCCUGGUGGGCCUCCGUCCACCUUAUGGACGGUGCCUGGACCACAUUGUGGGUGGUACCCCCCCCAACCCAGCAUCCAAAUCCAGAACGCCAGUUACAUAAUGAUUGGCAACAGCUCCACCAUGACCUGUGUCAGAGGGGAAAACACAGGAGAUGAAGACUAGCCAUUACAG